AUGCAGAAACGUGAGUUCUACCGUGCAGCAUAUUUUCUCGAAAAUUUAAAGGAUAAUUCUGAAUUUGAUCGCUUUAUGUAUUAUUUUGCACGUUAUUUGGCAUGUGAGCAUAAUCGCUUGGAAAAUGACGCCGAUGCGAUUUUUCGCCAAGAAAAGUUUGAUUAUAGUGAAAUGAUUUCAUUGCACAAUGAGCUAAAUGAAUUGGGAAGUAUGAAUCCUAGUUUCUUUGAUGUUUUUUUAAUGUACAUAUUGGGCAAAAUACGUGUGAGUCUUAGACUGAAGGAAGAAGCUAAAAUUGCUUUCUUGGAAUGCCUUAAAUUUAAUCGUGCAUUCUGGCCUGCUUGGGAAGCACUUGUGAAUUUAAUUGGAUCGAUCGAAGAAGCUGGUAAAUAUGAGUAUAUUGAUAGCGAUCAUUGGAUGUAUCAAUUUUUUAAAGCGGAUAUAUUUUUUCGAAUGAAUUUGCAUAAGAAUGCAUUAGAUCAGUAUGAGCGUAUAAGCGAAGCAGGUUUCACCAAUAUGCCACAUAUAUUAAAUGAAAUCGCGGCUUGUUUAAAUUAUUUGCAAGAGCAUGACUUAUCACUAGAAAUUUUCAAGAAAGUUCGCAAAAUGGAUCCAUAUCGAGUCGAUCAAAUGCACCUUUUUUCAGACUCAUUAUACGUUCGAAGUUUGCGGUCGGAUUUGUCAUAUUUGGCCCAUUCAUUUUACAAAACUCAUAAAUUUAAAUGGGAAACAUGCUAUAUUGUAGCUAAUUACUAUAGCUUGAGAGGAGAACAUGAUCGAGCUGUAACUUUUUUACAACGCUGUUUAAAGCUUAAUCCUCAAAAUUCAUCCGCUUGGACUCUUAUUGGUCAUGAAUCUAUGGAACAAAAAAAUCAUUCAGCUGCUUGCCUCGCAUAUCGAAGGGCAAUUGAAAUCGAUCCAAUGGAUUAUAGAGGCUGGUAUGGCCUUGGUCAGUUGUAUGAUAUACUUAAAUUGUCGUCUUAUUCUCUUUACUAUUAUCAUAAGGCUCAUAAGUGCAAAGCAGAUGAUUCUCGUAUGUUAGUAGCUCUUGGAGAGGCGUAUUCAGAUUUAAUGCGAUAUAAUGAUGCUCAAAAAUGUUAUCUCAGAGCUUUCAAAGUUGGCGAUGUUGAAGGAACAGCUUUGAUGCUUCUCGGAAAAUUAUAUGAAAAAGAAAUGAAUACUAGUCAAGCCGCUUUGGUUUAUGAAAAAUAUUUGAAUGUUUAUGGUGAAGAAUUGAUUAAUGAUGGCGAAGAUGUUGCUUAUUGUUGUAUUUUCUUGGCAAGAUAUUACAUGAAUAAAGGGGAUUUGGAUACAUCAAGCUCAUUUGCACAACGUUGUUUGGAAUUUGAUUUAACAAAAGUAGAAGGUAGGAAUAUACUUAGUUUAAUAAGUCAGUCACAUCAUCGGAUGAGUUUGAUUCCGUCUUCUACUCACAUUGCUAUUACGUCAACUCCAUCUGUUACUGCACCUAUUGCUGGUGAUAAGCAAUUACCAUCAGAUGCCAUGAUCACUCCUAUUUUGCCAAAGGUUACCGUAAGUGCUCCCUUGCAAUUUCGUUCACCUGCACAAGACGAUGGCGAAGUAGAUAUGCUGAUUUCAUCAGAGGAUGAUUCCGAUUGA